GUGUGCGCCAGAGGCGGGCGGGGGGCGAGCGCGGCGGCAGCGCUGGGAGCGGCGGCAGCCCCGGCGGAGGAGACGGCAGCAGCCCCGGCGCAGGAGGCAGCCCCGCGGAGCCUUGGCAGGCGGUGAGGACGGGUGGAGUUCAUUUCUUUUGUUCCUGAGAGCUGAAUAGGAGAAAGGGACAUUUCAGCUUUUCUUGAUAAAGCCAACAAAGAAAGAAUAAUUGCUAUAUGGCUGUAAUAGCUGAAGUUCUCAAAGGAAGUGCCUGGGUGCUGUCUACAAAUUAUCUGAUGCACACAUUGAAAAAUAGUGUGGAAAGAUUAUAUCAUCUUACUUACACUGUGAGACAAGAAUAAUUAUUGAAAAUUAAGAGCUCUACAGGUUGUGCUUGGCUCGGGAAGGAAGAGCAUUGGUUGGCAAGGAGAUUUGGCAGUUCAUCCAAACCUCAACUUUCAUUUAAGCUGCUCAAAACGUGGAACAAGCGUUAACUGCUGCACUGAUGCCUCCCCGACCUCAUGCCAGUUUUCUAGACAACAUGCCCCUGCGAAGUUCUGGCAAGCUGAGCAUGGAGACCAGAAAAGAUGGUGAGAGUACAGCCCCUGCUCCUCCCCAGAAGAAGCUGUCCUGCCAAUGCCACCACCACUGCCCUGAGGACUCUGUCAACAACACCUGCAGCACCGAUGGCUACUGCUUCACCAUAAUAGAAGAAGAUGAGUCUGGUGGACAUUUAGUCACCAAGGGAUGCCUUGGAUUAGAGGGCUCAGACUUCCAGUGUCGGGACACUCCUAUUCCACACCAAAGAAGAUCUAUUGAAUGUUGCACAGGCCAAGAUUACUGUAAUAGACACCUUCACCCUACGUUGCCACCGCUGAAGAAUCGAGACUUUGCUGAAGGAAACAUUCACCACAAGGCCCUGCUGAUUUCUGUGACUGUUUGCAGCAUCCUGCUGGUGCUUUUCAUCAUACUCUGCUACCUCAGAUACAAACGCCAAGAGACGAGGCCCCACUACAGCAUCGGUCUGGAGCAGGAUGAGACCUACAUUCCCCCUGGAGAGUCCCUGAAGGAUUUGAUCGAGCAGUCCCAGAGCUCAGGGAGCGGUUCCGGGCUCCCUCUCCUGGUUCAAAGGACCAUCGCAAAGCAGAUUCAAAUGGUGAAGCAGAUUGGAAAAGGUCGCUAUGGAGAAGUCUGGAUGGGAAAGUGGCGUGGCGAAAAGGUAGCAGUGAAAGUGUUUUUUACUACAGAGGAGGCCAGCUGGUUCAGAGAAACAGAAAUCUACCAGACUGUCCUGAUGAGACAUGAAAAUAUUCUUGGGUUCAUUGCUGCAGAUAUUAAAGGUACAGGCUCUUGGACCCAGCUGUAUCUUAUCACUGACUACCAUGAGAACGGCUCACUCUAUGAUUAUCUGAAAUCUACUACCUUGGACACAAAAGCCAUGCUCAAGCUGGCUUACUCCUCUGUCAGUGGCUUGUGCCACCUGCACACUGAGAUCUUCAGUACUCAGGGCAAGCCUGCUAUUGCCCAUCGUGACCUAAAGAGUAAGAAUAUCCUGGUGAAAAAGAAUGGCACCUGCUGUAUAGCAGAUUUGGGCUUGGCUGUAAAAUUUAUCAGUGAUACAAAUGAGGUAGACAUCCCUCCAAAUACCCGUGUAGGAACAAAACGUUAUAUGCCUCCUGAGGUGCUGGAUGAAAGCUUGAAUAGAAGUCACUUUCAGUCCUACAUCAUGGCUGAUAUGUACAGUUUUGGACUCAUCCUUUGGGAGAUAGCAAGGAGAUGUGUUUCAGGAGGAAUAGUGGAGGAAUACCAGCUUCCAUACCAUGACCUGGUGCCCAGCGACCCCUCCUACGAGGACAUGCGGGAGAUCGUGUGCAUCAAGAGACUACGCCCCUCGUUUCCCAACAGAUGGAGCAGUGAUGAGUGCCUACGGCAGAUGGGGAAGCUGAUGAUGGAGUGCUGGGCUCACAGCCCUGCCUCCCGGCUCACAGCCCUGCGCGUCAAGAAAACACUUGCCAAAAUGUCAGAGUCCCAGGACAUUAAACUCUGACUCUGCCAGAGGCAACUCCGGCAGAGGCCCCUGGAAAUGAACUUUCUUGUGCAGGCAGAAGUCCUGAAGAUGUAUCAAAAGUCUUUGCUAAGUACCUUGAAUGGAGGAGUCAUGCUGAAGAGCAGCUGUGAGUUCUGGAGGAGACUAUCCAUUGCAAGAAUCACCAGAAUUUUGACAUGCAAGAUUGAAGAGGCUUGUCUGCCCUUGUUUACAUGGGGAAAUACAGUUUUAGUAACUGGUUUAAGAUUAUGCAUGUUGCUUUCCAUGAAAGCCACUUAUUAUUUUAUUAUUAUUAUUGUUAUUAUUAUUGUUUUGAUUGUUUAAAAAGAUACUGCUUUAAAUUUUAUGAAAAUAAAACUCUUGGGUUAGAAGUAAAAAAAAGAUGUAUAUUGAUACAUUAAAAAAAAAUUAGAGGAAACUGCUGAAAAUGAAAGCAAACCAACUUUUUCAUUUCCAAAAAGACUAUUGCACUCCAGCAUUUAGAAAAAAAAAAAUAAAAAAAAUUGGUGAGUGGAUCUGUGUAGCUCAGAGGAGCUGUAAUGGAGCCUGCCUUAAAAGCCACCUGUUUGUGGAGAUAACUUUCCAAAGCCUGCAUGUGCAAGUGAUUCUCACAGUACAGAGGUGGAGCCCAGUUACAUCCCUGCCAUCUGCCUUGGUGUGGGUGGCCUGAUUCCUGUGGGUGGCCUGUCCCAGGGAAGGUCAUGCUUCCUUUAAGGUAGUUGGGAGCUAUAUGAAUAUGGUUUGGUGUGACUUGUUUAUAGAAGAUCUUCCAUGUUUCCAGGAAAUGUGAUGAGGAUAGUACCACAGUGAUAAACAAGUGCCCUUUUUCUUGGCUUUUUUUUUUUUUUCCUUCCUUUUCCCCCACUGCAAAAUAAAGUAUUUUGUGUGUGAGUGGAAAUGAAGUACACAUUUGAAUCUGCUGGGUAAUUUGAAACUGCUAGAGCCCACAAACAACCACUGUUUAAGAGGAAACCCCUUGUGAGAAGGAAUUAUUAACUUGCUGUUUCAUUUGUGUAAAAGUGAGAGGUCCAUCUACAACCACAGCUUAGAAAAAAAAAAAAUAGCAAAAUCUGUGUUCCCUUUUUUAAGGGAAAGUGAAAAACCUCACAAGUGCCCGUUUCUGGGGUGGCAAUCAUUUCUCCUUGAGUGUGAGGAGACCUGGUGCCUUGAGGCUGUCGUAGAAAGUGACAGGGAGGGAGUGUGGGACACAUUAGGUGGGUGGUGAGAGCUGGGAACCGUGGGCAGCAGUGGGCACCUGCCUUGUGCUGUAGUGAGAGACACCACAAACCAGGCAAGUGGCUCAAGCUUUAUCUGCAUUACUAUUUUGGGUGGCCUUCCAGCAGCCUCCACACCUCUGGCAGCCGCAGCACAGUAGUGCCAGGCUCAGCUGCCGGGCUGGGGCUGUGUAGCAUUGUGGUUCCCAGCAAGAGGAGCUGUCAGGGGAGAAAGGCGAUGGGAAAUGUAUUUUCUGUCCUUCCCUGUUCCUCCUUCCUGGGGCUGCAGCAGUUGUAGCAAUGCUAAUGCUACAGAAGGGGAAAUGAGAGGUGAAAUAUACCCUGGGAAGUGUUUCCUUUGGAAAGGUUCUGUUCUUUGUCAGAUUACCAAAGCUGAGCUGCAUGGGAGCUACUGGUUUACCCUUUUUUACUCUUCAUCUGUUUUUUAAAAUUUUCCUGCCUGGCUCUCUUGUUUUACUAGAUGGUGUUCAGCUUAAUUUUGAAAUAAGUCCUUACAAAUGCUGCUUUGAUUAUGCAAAGCCUAUUUCAGAACUGAACUAAUUGCCAUGCAGGAUUUAGCCUCAGCACUUCUGUAAUGUUUCUUUUUUUUUCUCCCUCUUUUUGGACAAAACUGAUUUAUUUGUGGUAGGUAGAUGAAUAAUUGGGGUUUAGCUUAACAGCUCCCUUAAGGUAUUUCUAGCUGGAAAAAUUACCAUUUUAUACUUUCAAGCUAACAGAGAAAAAUGCAUGGUUCAAGAGAACCAGCAAGACCUCCAUGAUGAUAGGUGUUAAAAAGCUUAAUCAGAAGGGUUUUGUUCAUUAGAGUGCUUUUUCUGCAGUGCAGUUUCCUUACCUGUAUCCAAAUUUACCAAGCAAAACAAAAAGAAAAUCUCUGAGAGUUAAUAAUACACCAAAUCCUCACCACAGGAGGGACAACAAUGGUUUCCCUGUUGUUGAAAAAUGUUUGCGAGGCUGAGAGCGGAGUUUGCUCCUCUCCUUUGGCCCACCUUUGAGAUUUGUGGGCCAAAAUGGGCACAGCCCAGUCUCUCUUCACCUUUUUUGUCUUAGUGAGUGGAGCCAUGGGUUUCUAGUCUCAUUUCGUCCCAUAAAAGCCAGCACACCCUGUGCAACUGAGAUUUCUCAGCUCCAAAGAAGCAGAUGGGACCUGCAGGUCCCAGAUCGCACAGCAGGGAUGCUUCUUUCCUGCCUGUUCAGGUGUGUUUCACCUCUUCCCUCCUCAAAUAGAUUUUUUUUCUUUAUUUGAAUCAGCAGGGCUCUCUCCCCAGGAGUGUUGUGGAAGGUGCUUUGCUAGCUGGCAGCACCAGCAAUGCAAUGAACACCCCUGGCAUCUGCCAUCAGCAUGUGAAAGAGUCAGUCAUGGUUUCCUGAGCAAAUCUUACCUUUUUUUUUUUGGUCCAGAAGAAAAGAAUCUAAGAUCCUGGUUGAUAGAUCACGUAAAGUGUGUAUGUUAGAUGUUCAAGUUUAUGUGUUUUUAUAUAUAUAUAAAAAUAUAUAUAUAUAUAUUCAGUUGCGAGUCUGGAAUAGCUCCAGUAUGUGGAUUAAGAGUAAACUAUUAUGGAUGAAAAAGCACUAAAUAAAACAUAAUAUUUAUUUAUGAAAAUGCAUAAAUGACAAAUCACUGCAACGGUGCUGUAUAGGAAAAUAGAUAAAUAUAUAUAAAUGUAUAUAUAUAUAUGAGGAGACACACACUGAGAAAGCAAACAGUCUGCAGUUGUGUAACUAGUGCCUGCCUAUUUUCUCCCAAGACCAGAUUUUGCCCUCAAAUCUCCUAUCCACUGUAAUCUAUUGUAAAGGGCUAUUCCUAAGGCCAGAAAACAGCCUAAGGCAAGGGUAGAGGUCUUCUGUUCCAGCACUGUGACAUUCGAGUUACUGCCUGCAUGGGUGACUUGCUGUAACACUCAGCGUGUCAUUAUUAAGGUUUCAGCACCUGCAGUGACUACAGGUUAGUCUGUUUGUUUGGCCAGGUGUGGCCUUUUAAUGUCACUUCCAUAUUUUGGUGGUUUCAAAGGGCACAUUGAUGAGGGCUUGGAAGUCAGUGGUAAAGAUAAUUGUGGCUUCGGUGCCCACGGGUCUAGAAAUCCACUUUUCAAAUGUAAAUCGUUCAAGGAACUGUAGUUUAGUUUCUUACUGGCAUAGGUGAGAUGGCAUAGGUAAGUGGGAGAAGAAAAAAAAAAAGAGAGAUGCCAUCUAGCAACUGCUAUCCUUUCUCUAGCACAAAGUUAUUUCUAUUAAAGAAAAGGUUGUCAAUGUAGAGACUAAGAAACUAAUUUGUGUUCUAUUUUGAGAACCAGUGCCUUAUUAAAACUGUAAAUACUGUAAUUAGAAAACCUGGGGAACAAACUGUGUUAUGUUGUAUUUGUUCAAAUUGUAUAUGGUCGUUUUAACAUUCCCCCCCAAUAAAAUUGUUUCCAUCUCCCCAUGACAGAGAUUGCUAUUUACUUUUAACGUGUUUGAAAAGCAUCAUAUUUUUGUUUCAUUACCCUGGCUAGAUUAUUUUGACUGUGCCUUGUUUUAUUUAUUUUAUUUUUAUAAGAUUUUUUCCUCUGAACAAACAAGUAAACAGCAAUAUGUUCCAUAUGUUUCCACUGGCAUAAAAAAGCAUCACUCCUUUCACAAGUCAGUGAAGAGAAAAAUAGUAAUUAAAAUAGUGUUAUCACUAAUAGAGCAGUUGCUCGUGUUUUGUGGCUGAUUAUGUAAAUCUAUAGGAAGUCAGCAUUAGCAUAAUUUUUUUUAGACCACCCCCCCUUCAUUCUGCCACAUCUUUAUAGAUAUUUUUUACUAUUUUUAAUAGCACAAGAGGAACAGGAGUCAUCUCUGCAGAGACUGAAGCUAGAAUUCCCAGCUCCAUGCAUCAGGUGAAAAUGUUUCAGCCUAAAUACCCAGCAUCAGCUGAAAAUGGCAUUGCUUAAUGAGACUUGGGGUAUGUACCUCUACAUCUAGAGAGGUAUUUCUGUGAAUUUCUACUUAAAGCUGGAGCACUGUUCUCAUUCUGCAGUUCUGUGUUGCAGACCCAGCUCAGUGUUCCCUAAUGUUAAUUGCCUUGCUGGUGGUGAGAAGUGUGUAAGUAACAGCAAUUUCCCCUUGAGCUGCACAGCCCCUGCAAGCUUUGCCCUGGACAGUCUGUGCUCAGUGGCAUUGCAGUUAUUCUCCAGGCAGCAUUUCUACAGCACCCUUGGCCUGGCCACACUGAGGUGACAAAGCCUUGUGCUUGCUGCACACUGCCCUUGGCAUGCCACUGAAUCCCACAGUUCUUAUGUGCAGAAACAUUUCUUUGGGGGAGUUUUUGGUUUUUUUUUUUUUGUUUUUUUUUUUUUUUAAAAAAAAAAAAAAAGAAACUAAAUAAAAGACUCCACUUCCGAGCUUCCAGGAACUAAACAACUGAACACAAGGCAGUGAUGUACUUUUUUUUUUCCAGUUGCUUAUAAAUAUAAUUUAUUACCUGUUUAAAAAUUCUUUCUUACACUUUGUACAUGUCAGGCUGACAGAAUAAAUGCAGGCAUUUACAAACAGAGGGAAGGAGAAAAAAAGGGAGGGGGGUAAGAGGCACACUCAGAACUAGUAAACCACACCUCCACUGUACAGCAAUACAAAUAAUGCAAUGGCUAGCACUUCUCCUGUAGUAAGUCGGUCUUUAGAAAAGGAAUUGCAUAGAAGAUACAGCAAUAGGGAAACCAAAACCAAAAGAGUUCUCCAGAUCUGAAUAGCAAAGAAAACAAAUCCCACGAACCCCGGCAGAGCUGUGACAUGGGAAGAGAAGGGAGCAAUGUGAUACACCUGGGUCACACACGUUUCUUUUCCUACAGGCCCUCCUUUGCUUUGGAAAGGUACUGAAGAUAUCCUCUUUUAUUUUUUUAUUUUUUUUCUUUUCUUCUUCAACAGUAACAGAACAUGUGUUAGCAAAAAGUCUACCACACAGAUGUGUGAAAACAGUAAUGCCACGACUUCUCUGUCUCAGCUGUGUCACACACCCUGGGUUAUUGGCUCUCGGCUCGGGUGUUUUUGCAAGGUACCUUGAAAAAUCUGCAGGGAGAAGAGUGUUUUGCCCCUCCUUCCUAAUUUUGUUUACUUUCCAGACCGAUUUUGCCUUUUAUUUGUAUUGUGCUAGCUCCCACAUUUACUGGCAAGUGGUAGCUAGAGCCAGCUGGCAGCAGCCAAAGAAGCUCUGGGGCCUGUGAAAGCUUUUCUCAUCUCAGGGCUCUUGUCCCAUCACUGCUGUGGGAGGACUCUCCCAGUUACAUCCCAGUUCCUCACAGGCAUCCCAGAGCUACUCACCUGCCAUGAUAUGGAGUGUUUUGGGAGGAGAGGGCAGGCCCAGGGUGCAGCAUACAUAACAAUUAAUCUCUUUGUCAGCAAUUGAGGAGCCUGAACCACUAAUAAAUACAUUUAACCAGCACCACAGAAAUACCUAUUUGGGACAGAGAUUUAUGGGAACUCUGGAUUAUCGUUACUUUUUUUGUACAGACAGUUUAUCAAAGGACUUUCAGAUAAGUGAUUUUCAGAUUUCAGGGAGCAGGGAUCAAGUUUAGAGGACAAAUAAGUAAAUAAACUAAAUGCUCCUUUUCAAGCAAGGAGCCUGACCUACCAAACUUGAAGCUUCAUUCCUGUGGCUUUAGUUCAAGUCCAAUUCCAGUUACUUGCCAGUUUUUACUCUGCUGGCUUUUGACAUACUGCUUAUUUGACCUUGCAGUGAUGAUACAGCACUGAAUUUUGACCUUUACCUUCCCAUGCCAAAGUUGGUAAAACAAGAGGAUGCCCAUACCUAACAUGAGAACUAAAAGCCUCCAGCAGGUAGUGUCCUUUGUUUUUUCCUCUUUGUAUGUACACACACACACACUUACUUUGCCUUUCUGUCUCAAAGGAUGUCUGAGAUAUGUGCUUCAGCAUUUAAAAAUCUACAGUGCAGCUCGUUUUAUGGACUCAAGGUUUCACACACAAGCUAGGAAUGGAUUGCAGUGGUGACCCCAAAGUGAGUAACUCAUUGGAGUCCUUGUGGGAGAAGGGCCAAAGGUUUGAUUUCCAUUCACAAACCACUUAUGUCUUUGCACUACCUGAUACUGACCAAGCCAGCCUGCAAACAGUGAGUUACUUCAUGGCCAGGUGAGAGCCAGAGUAAUACCUGAAAACUUCUGAACACUCCCUAAGAUAGUUUAGAAAGUGCCCUGGAAAGAAGAUUAAAAAAAAAACCCAAAAAAAUCCAACCUCAACAAAACUAUUGUGUUUAAAAUUAACCUCAGAGCUGUGGUAACUACUAGGUAGAGCAUACAAGGGUCUA